CAUCGUGAAUUGCUUGUUUCUGUAGGUGCUUACUGUGCCGCCAUGGCAGAGUCAGUGACGGAGGAAGCCAGUAAGCCCGGGUUCGGGAUGCGGCUGGCAAUCUCAUCCAUCGCUCGGCGCUUCCCAUCGGCCCGCAAUGUCAGCACGCACUGGCUGGACCAGCGACUUCACGGGGGACAGGGGCCACAAAGUCACUCCUCAUCCGUCAAAAUCUUGGACUGCCGGGCAGAAGAUGAGUAUAACAUCAGCCACAUAGAGGGCGCUGUACGGAUCAACUAUGAAUCCUCUCCGGAGGAACUACUUAAACUAGCUGAAAUUGACCUAUCCAGGAAAGAACCCAUGGAUGUCGUUUGUUACUGUUCAGUUGGAUAUCGGUCAUCUUUAGUCGCUGAGAAACUACACGACUACGUCAAAAAGUCAAAAGAUGCAGCAAGUACCAACAUAUCUGUAUAUAACCUGGAGGGAAGCUUGUUUAAAUGGGCCAAUGAGAACAAACAUAUGGUCAACAGUCGGGGAGAAACCACCAAGUUCGCUCACCCUUACAACGCUGUGUUUGGAAAGCUACUGAAUUCUGAAUUACGAAAAUCUUAGGGAGAGAGAGAGAGAGAGAGAGAGAGAGAGAGAGAGAGAGAGAGAGAGAGAGAGAACCCACGGUCAUAGAACAGAGAUCUUCUUAUCACUAAAGCCACGUCCAAAACUGCAUCACUGCGUCUUAUAUUUUGAAUGAAACUGUCAUUUAUCAUACUGCAUGUGCAUGUUUUUUUGUUGAUGUUUACUCUACAUGUCUGUUUUGAUA